CAUGAAGCUCUGCUCUGGUCCCUGACAGUGAAAACAGGUCGUAUCAAGACCAAGGAAGUUUUUGUCAACAAAACAUCUUCUUUCAAAUUUGUUCUGCCGAACGUCAAAUAUAUGUAUGUUUGUGAACUGCGACGAGGGAUCUACCCAUGAGUAUUUCUUUUACUUGUUGAAUAAUGUAAAUCGUAUCGCGAUCUAUAAAAGUCGAUGAUCACGCGCAGGUUUAAAAAAAGAUUGGUUUUGUAGCGAGACUUUUGGAUUUGAAUAAAGUGGAGAUACAUUUGACUUAUCCUGAUAAAUGGAAGCAUGGGAACGCAUGGCCUAAAGUGCGACCGUGAUACAAAAUUGACUUGCAGGAUUAACAUGACGUGAUUACUGACAGACUGUAGACAAGUCGACGAACAAGAAUCUAACAUUCCAUUCCCAACGGACCCAUUAUGAGCAACACGUAUGAGGACCCAGCGGCUCGCCCGUUGUUUGGCGACCCACAGCCGAGGGAUCGCAUGCUGAACCUUGUUGUUGCAGUAUUUACAAGUAUUAUAGUAGCUGUGACUUUGGUCAGUGCAUUCAUCUUUCCAAAAUGGCCACCUGCGGGAAACAAUGUAUUCUUUGCUAUUAUUAUGGUUUUGAUCUGCGCUUCACAUUUACUUCUGAUUUACUGGUACAGACAAGGUGACCUUGAGCCCAAGUUUAGGACCAUGAUCAUUUACAAUGCUUUCACCAUCAUGUUACUCUGUGUGUGUGGUAACUUAUACUUUCAUGGAUUCGGGGGUGAAAAGACUACAAAAUGAACUGAAAAUGUUUACCGUGAUUGUGAGGCAAAGCUUGUGUACAAAGUAUAUAUGAUUGAAAGCCCAAAACAUUGUCAGUAAAAGAGUAUUUACAUGCACAUCUGGUUUGCAAGUUUGCCUAUGUUUUCACUUUAUGAAAAAAUUAGACAUGCUAUAAUUUCUAUGACUUGUAUUCUAAGCGAACACUUCAUGCAGCUUAACUUUUCACUGUCCUCUCCUCCACAAAUUCAUCGUGUAUUAAUAGUCAUAGUAUUUGCAAUGUUUAGGGUGAAUGUGAAAUCUGAUGUGAAGGGUAAAUUUGUCUAUAAAAUGAAAGUUUUUCAUUAUAGAUUUCAAGAUCUUAUCUAGUUACUUGUAAUGUGCCAUACUACCUGUACUUUUUCCAAUGUGAUUAAGUUAUACAGUUAUAUUAUAUGAUAAUACAAUGUAGCAGAUAUAUAUGUUUAAAAUGUAGUUUCGAAUUUUUUUCUCCACAUUAAUUAUCAUGAUAUGCUUCUCUUUAUUACAAUUGUAAAUAUCUUCUUUCCGGUUUAUUUAUUGUUUUAAUAAUUCAUUGCCUUCAAGGGGAGCUUUAGGUUUCUAAUCUUAGGUGGUAAUUACUACCUUUCUGAGGUAAUGACUUGCUGUACCUAUAAGACUUACUAAUAUGAAUUACUUGUGAUUUUUUUUUAAUUAUAUUGUGUAAAUUCACAAAGAGGUUAUACAUAUGUAGAUGCUUCGAACACAUUAGACAAACAAUAUAUUAUUUGUAUUAAGAAAAAUCCAAGGAAAUGCUCAAUAGUGGUAUCUUAAUAGAGGUUAUCUCAUAAUAGAGUAUAUAUACAAUGUAGUAAAAAUAUGUUGUUGGGAUGAGAAUCUGCUAGUCUUUUAAAAGAGGUAAUUGCUUCUGAUUAACCCUUUCACCACUGUAGAUCAUAAUGGACUCGGCCAUAACAAUGCAUGGUAUAGCCUACUAAAGUGACAUAUGGGUCAAAGUGUUAAUAAGUGUGGUCUCUUGAACAAAUUGGACUGUAGUCUAAAGCCAAAUUAAUAAGAGUUCUCAGAAAUUCUGUCAUUUCUAAUUUUUCAUCCUAAAAUAGUAACUAUUAUUUCCUGGUAUUUUUUUUCCAAAUUUUUGACACAUACAUAUUGUACAUAUUUGUCAUGUUUCCAUGUAUUCCAAUUUGUAACAUGUAUUAGGCAAACAGAACAAUAUCGUGUUUAUCAGGCCUCCUACAUCAUAUUCAAACUCAAAGUAUAAAAUGAAUUGAUUUUUAUUGAAAAUUUAAAAAUAAAUAAAGUAAAAAUUUAAUCUUGAAAACUUUUAAAAAGUUUACUAUGAUGCUUAUUUGAGAGAUAAAAAGGUUUUGUACAUUAAAUUUAUUUGAUUGAUGAUAAUAUGAAAUAUGUUGUUUAAAUUUCUCUUACAUCAUAGAAAUCCUCCUUAAUUUUUCAAAAUUUUGAUGUAGUCAAAAAAUGAAAAAAAUAAUGCCACCCUCAUAAGAAUUAAGCAAGGUUAAAAAAGAAGAAAACUUUUCCCUUAUUUCUGCAGUUAAGAUAUGCCAAAGGAACAGGAACAUUACUUUUAUUUUGGCCAUGGAGAUCUGAUAAAUAACAGCCAGUUACAGUGCAGAUUUAACCAAAUUUUUACAUCCCUGGGGAGCAUGUUACCAGUGGUAUAUUAUGUAGUAUUUUUAUUGACUCAACUGUGAAUUAUGUUGGGAAUAUGUACAGAAAAGCAUUGGAUGUCCUGUUAAGAUAAUUAUGAUGGCUUUACAUUAAUAUUUGUAUGACAGAAUUACUUUCAAAUGAUAUUUUUGUAUAUGGGGAAAACUUACUCAUAUUUCCACAAGGAAAAUAUUUUUUGAUGUGAAAAUUUUAAGUGUCUUUUUGACCCUAUUGAACCUUAUCUUGUAUUGUCAUGCAUGUAAUAUCUCUUCUAGUCAUCAUGAUUGGAAAGUGCACAUUAUACAAAAACGUAGAUUUUUUCCAAAUUAACAAUAAUACUAUCAGAUUUACAAUCCUAAUAACUUGAAGAAAUUGAAAUAUGAUACAACUAAUCAAAACUAAUUGUUACUUAGAUUAGUGUGCUGUAAGUCAUUAUAGUUUGUUAGAUUUAUUUUUACAUGUUCAUUUGAGAGCGGAGUCAAAAAGAGGAAUUGUAGUAUUUUUCAAACUACUUUGACAUAAAGUUGAGCCCAGUUAAUCCAGCAACCACUUUGUUUCAUUUUCCAACCAUUACUACUCUGGUUUUCCAUUAUCCAGCCACCACUAAUCUGAUUGUCCUUCUAUACAGCCACCACUAAUCUAGUUGUCCUUCUAUACAGCCACCACUAAUCUGAUUGUCAUUCUAUACAGCCAACACUAAUCUGAUUGUCCUUCUAUACAGCCACCACUAAUCUGAUUGUUCCACUAUACUAACACCACUAAUCUAGUUUCCCUUGAUCCAGUCACCACUAAUCUGAUUGUCCUUCUAUACAGCCACCACUAAUCUGUUUGUCUCCUAUACAGCCCCCACUAAAUCGGCCAUCUAACUUCCCAGUCCCCACUUAUCCGGUUGUUCCACUAUUCAGCCACCACUAAAUCGGCCAUCUCACUUCCCAGUCACCACUAAUCUGGGUGUCUCCUAUACAGCCACCUCUAAAGCGGCCAUCUAACUUCCCAGUUAUCACUUAUCCGGUUGUUCCACUAUACAGCCA